AUGUUCCCUCACACUCAACACCAUCAACAACAACAAGACAAUCCUCCGAAGGAAGACAAGAGCCAUUCAAAGGGAAGACAAUCACCACCCUCACGUACGAGCAAUACUAGUAGUACUAGACGAAAAAUUCUUUUUCAAGAGGCACAAGAAGCUGACAGUGCAAAAAUUAUGCAGUCCAUUUCAAAGUUUCUCUCGUUUGAUUCAGGCAUGACAAGUGGAUACUCGUCUUCACGUAAAGGAAUUCAAAAGAAGUCGUCAUCAUCGUCCUCCAAUUUGCUUUCUUCGAAUCGAAUUUCAAUUUCAUCCACCGAGCUAGGAAAUCAAAUUGUCAACAUGUCAAUGACAUGGAAAAAGACAAUCGGUAGUGUCGACGAUCAACAUGUUGAACAACAGAAAGAUCAUCAUUCCUCCAGCACUACAGAGGUGAGUGCCCAAGCCUCUGAACAUGAAGCAACAUCAACAACAGAACAAGAAAUUUCAAGUUCGACGCUGCAAGUCAUUCAUGACCUAUUUGAUCAACGAUUUCUUGAACAUCAACUAGAUAACAUGCACUUGAAGUGA